GCUGAAAACACCUGCGUAGGAAAGCUUUCCUGCGGGUCUCUGGCUGCAGUGCUGAAGCCUCCCCCGAGGGCCACAUUCUUGUAUAGCGGUGUGAUGGUAUGCUUAGCGACUCUAAAACUUACUGUUUCCUGCGUAGGCCUCCUGUGAAUCAGAACUGUCCGGCUGUGUUUUGCAGAUUUAAGGACCACAGUACAACUAUGGAUAGUGAACCAAACCCUGGAGCAUCUUCGGUAUCCACAACAACCAAUAGCACCACCACCACCACCAUCACCACUUCGUCCUCUCGAAUGCAGCAGCCACAGGUCUCUGUCUACAGUGGCUCAGAUCGACAUGCUGUUCAGGCAUUGCAUCGCCCCCCCAGUUCAGCUGCUCAGUACCUGCAGCAGAUGUAUGCAGCUCAGCAGCAGCACUUGAUGCUGCACACUGCCGCCCUUCAGCAGCAACAUUUAAGCAGCUCCCAGCUCCAGAGCCUUGCUGCUGUGCAGGCAAGUUUGUCCAGUGGAAGACCAUCUACAUCCCCAACAGGAAGUGUCACACAGCAAUCAAGUAUGUCCCAGACAUCUAUCAACCUCUCCACUUCUCCUACACCUGCGCAGUUAAUAAGCCGUUCCCAGGCUUCCAGUUCUACCAGCGGCAGUAUUACCCAACAGACUAUGUUACUAGGGAGUACCUCCCCUACCCUAACGGCAAGCCAAGCUCAAAUGUAUCUCCGAGCUCAAAUGCUGAUUUUCACACCCGCUACCACUGUGGCUGCUGUACAGUCUGACAUUCCUGUUGUCUCGUCGUCAUCGUCAUCUUCCUGUCAGUCUGCAGCUACUCAGGUUCAGAAUUUAACAUUACGCAGCCAGAAGUUGGGUGUGUUAUCUAGCUCACAGAAUGGUCCACCAAAAAGCACUAGUCAAACUCAGUCAUUGACAAUUUGUCAUAAUAAAACAACAGUGACCAGUUCUAAAGUCAGCCAACGAGAUCCUUCUCCAGAAUGUAAUAAGAAAGGAGAGAGUCCAAGUCUGGAAUCACGAAGCACAGCUGUCACCCGGACAUCAAGUAUUCAUCAGUUAAUAGCACCAGCUUCAUAUUCUCCAAUUCAGCCUCAUUCUCUAAUAAAACAUCAACAGAUUCCUCUUCAUUCACCACCUCCCAAGGUUUCCCAUCAUCAGCUGAUAUUACAACAGCAGCAACAGCAAAUUCAGCCAAUCACACUUCAGAAUUCAACUCAAGAUCCACCCCCAUCCCAGCACUGUAUACCACUCCAAAACCAUGGCCUUCCUCCAGCUCCCAGCAGUGCUCAGCCACAGCAUUGUUCACCAAUUCAGAGUCAUCCCCCUCCUUUAACGGUAUCUCCUAAUCAGUCACAGUCAGCACAGCAGUCUGUAGUGGUGUCUCCUCCACCACCUCAUUCACCAAGUCAGUCUCCUACUAUAAUUAUUCAUCCCCAAGCACUUAUUCAGCCACACCCUCUUGUGUCAUCAGCUCUUCAGCCAGGGCCAAAUUUGCAGCAGUCUGCUGCUAAUCAGGUACAACCCACAGCACAACUGAAUCUUCCAUCCCAUCUUCCACAUCCAGCUUCCCCUGUUGUACAUAUUGGCCCAGUUCAGCAGUCUGCUUUGGUGUCCCCAGGUCAGCAGAUUGUGUCUCCAACAUCACACCAGCAGUAUUCAACCCUACAGUCCUCUCCAAUCCCAAUUGCAACCCCUCCACAGAUGUCGACAUCUCCACCAGCUCAGAUUCCACCACUACCCUUACAGUCUAUGCAGUCUUUACAAGUGCAGCCUGAAAUUCUAUCCCAGGGCCAGGUUUUGGUGCAGAAUGCUUUGGUGUCUGAAGAGGAGCUUCCAGCUGCAGAAGCUUUGGUCCAGUUGCCAUUUCAGACUCUUCCUCCUCCACAGACUGUUGCGGUAAACCUACAAGUACAACCAGCAGCACCUGUUGAUCCACCAGUGGGAAUGCAUUUGAACCAGUGUCAUCUGCACAAAGUUUUUUCUCUUAAGGUUUAUCAAGUAGAAGAUGUGUGUGAAGAAGAAAUGCCAGAGGAGUCUGAUGAAUGUGUCCGGAUGGAUAGAACCCCCCCACCUCCCACUUUGUCUCCAGCAGCUAUAACUGUGGGGAGAGGAGAGGAUUUGACUUCUGAACAUCCUUUGUUAGAGCAAGUUGAACUACCUGCUGUGGCAUCAGUCAGUGCUUCAGUAAUUAAAUCUCCAUCAGAUCCCUCACAUGUUUCUGUUCCAGCACCUCCACUUUUACUUCCAGCUGCUGCCACAAGGAAUAAUAGCACGUCUAUGCCUGGUAGUGCUCCCAACACGGAAAACAAGCCUCCACAAGCAAUUGUCAAACCACAGAUCUUGACCCAUGUUAUUGAAGGCUUUGUGAUUCAGGAGGGAUUAGAGCCAUUUCCUGUGAGUCGUUCAUCUUUGCUAAUAGAACAACCUGUGAAAAAAAGGCCUCUUUUGGAUAAUCAGAUGAUAAAUUCUGUGUGUGUUCAACCAGAGCUACAGAACAAUACAAAGCAUGCAGAUAAUUCGUCUGAUACAGAAAUGGAAGACAUGACUGCUGAAGAGACAUUAGAAGAAAUGGACAGUGAGUUGCUCAAGUGUGAAUUCUGUGGGAAAAUGGGAUAUGCUAAUGAAUUUUUGCGGUCAAAACGAUUCUGCACUAUGUCAUGUGCCAAAAGGUACAAUGUUAGCUGUUCUAAAAAAUUUGCACUUAGUCGUUGGAAUCGAAAGCCCGAUAAUCAAAGUCUUGGGCAUCGUGGCCGUCGUCCAAGUGGCCCUGAAGGGGCAGCAAGAGAACAUAUCCUUAGGCAGCUUCCAAUUACUUAUCCAUCUGCAGAAGAAGACUUGGCUUCUCAUGAAGAUUCUGUGCCAUCUGCUAUGACAACUCGUCUGCGCAGGCAGAGUGAGCGGGAAAGAGAACGUGAGCUUCGUGAUGUAAGAAUUAGGAAAAUGCCUGAGAACAGUGACUUGCUGCCAGUUUCCCAGACAGAGCCCUCUAUAUGGACAGUUGAUGAUGUCUGGGCCUUCAUCCAUUCUUUGCCUGGCUGCCAGGAUAUUGCAGAUGAGUUCAGAGCACAAGAGAUUGAUGGACAGGCCCUUCUUUUGCUAAAAGAAGACCAUCUCAUGAGUGCAAUGAAUAUUAAGUUAGGCCCAGCUCUAAAGAUCUGUGCACGCAUCAACUCUCUGAAGGAGUCUUAACAUGCACAUGGGCCUUUAAUAUAACACCAGUUUUAUUGUUCUUAAACAAACUUGUAAGGUAAAGGCCUAAUUUGGACUAAAAUACUACACUUAUUAUGGUGGAUGGCCAAGCACAUUGAGAUCUCUUUAUUAAAUGCUGAUAUUUCCUCUACAGGUAUAUUCAUUGUACAUUUCAUAAUUAGCCAACAUUGGUGAAAUUAAUUUUACAGGUUACAUGCAACAUUAAAAGACUUGUUAUAGAGGGCCAUGGUAUUUUUCAAAGAA